AUGUGGAAUGGUAUGAUAGAGGAUGUGGUUGAGUAUGUAAAUAUAAUAAAGCAAAAUAAUUAUCUUCAACGAGCACAAGAUGAAUCGUUCACAGAUUCAGGUAAAAACCUUUGAAGUCACUUUAUCUAUUAAAUUCUUACUGUCAACAUUAUUUUUACCUCAAUUUAGUGUAAGUCAUGUGAUUGUUGUCAGCGAUAUGAAAAUUGAAGACAAUGGCCCCUGAGCUUCAAAGCAUUAAAGUUAAUAAGACUAUGGAAUUGGUUGGAAUGGAUCUCAUUGGUGUGUAACCAUGUAAUAAUAAUUGUAUUUAUCAAUCCUCUGGUGUCAUUAAUUUAGAAUUACAAAAUUUAAGUUUCUCUGCACAGUUUGCUAACUUGUACUUUUUUUGUUUGUUCUAUAUUUUACAGGUCCACUCCCAACCACAACAGCUGGUUAUACGUAUGUUCUAACAUUUACAGACUAUUAUACAAAGUUUGUGGAUUUUUAUCCUUUGAAAGAUAAAACUGCAGGAGGUGUUGCUCAUGGCAUUAAACCUUUGUUUGCAGGUAAACAAAGUAAUUGAAUUUAUCUUUGCAGUAAAUAAGUGUGAUUUGUUGUGUUCUUGAUAGUUUGUAUACCAGAUCUCUAAUCUUGAACAGUGUGUUUUAAUGCAUUUUUGUUUUUAUCUACAAGAUGGGGAGCCCCAUGCAGAUUGCUAUCUGAUCAAGGGCGGGAGUUUGUUGCGAAAGUAAUUUAUAGUUUGGUUUACCAUUUCAAAUUCAAUAUAUCCAAUUCUAAGUUUACUCUAACAUGUCUAACACCUUUCCCUUUGAUGCAUAAAGCCAUCUGGAGUUAAAAAGAGUGAACAAAAAAGUAGACAAUUUAUUGAAACUAUUGCUGUGAUUUUCACAGGUGAACACACAGAUCUGUAAGCAGUUGGGAAUUUCUCGUUCGGUCACCAGUGCAUACCAUCCACAAACCAAUGGACUUGAUGAGCGCACAAACCAAACACUAAAGGUGCGACUAGCAAAACGUAUCAAUGAGCACCAACAUGACUGGGAUGACUAUUUAGAAGAAAUACCUUUCUCAAUUCGUACCCAAAAGCAAGGUUCGACAAAGUAUAGUCCUUUCUUCCUGAUGUUUGGACGGCAUGUAAGGACUCCAAUGGAGGUAAGUACCAAAUGCAAUGUACAUAAACCAAGCAAAAUGAUUAUCACUCACUUCAAUUCAUAAAAACUCAUUUCUUUUAAUUGGAGAUGGAAGACCCUUCAGAUGGGGGAGAUAUCAAGCCAGAAGAUCCAUCUGCAGAAGAGUUUGAGGAGAUCGUUGCAGAAAGGGCUGAUCUGAUGAAGAAUGUUGGAAAGAAGGUAAUGUUUGCAGGUUAUCCUACAAAUCAGCCAAUGUAAUUUGUUAUCUCAUUUACAGCAGCCAAUGAAACUUGUUAUCUCGAUUUUCCCAGAGUACUACCGAACCUAAUAUGCAAAUGUGUAUACUCUGGUUUCAAGAUUGGGAUGGUGUUCACUUACAAGAGGCGUCCACAAGGACUGACUGCAGCAUGUUUUGUUGCUAAAUGCUCCUUUUUCAUACUAUUAGGUAGAAGAGAAUGUUGAGAAGGUCCAAGCAAAGCAAAAAGAAGAAUAUGCAAAAACGGAAAACAAGGGUGUGAAGGUUUUUAAUCUUUCAGUGGGAGAGGUAGUCCUUCGAAAAUGCAUGAAAAACAGUGGACAAAAAGGUGGCAAGUUGGAUGCUCUUUACUGUAGGUCUCAAUCAGUGAAAUCAUACUUUAAGAUUAUAUUAUUUUUACCAUGCCUCCCACAAGACAAAAUGAUACUGCCUGGUUUUUUGGGAAGGGGGGAAACAAAGAUGAGGGGCCUGGCUUGUGAACCCAUAGAAUAUUGUUUGUUUCUCAAGAAACAGAUCAGACCACCCUCCAUGCAAAGUCAUUUGAAUGUAUUAUUUCAUUUAGGAUUGCUGAAAUCGAUAACCACCAAAGGAUCCAACUGGCCCAUAUCAAAAGCGGGGAAAUGUUAAAAGUGAAUGUCGCAUAUGAUCAAAUCCGUCCACAUGUUACAAGUGAUCUUCAUAAACCGGUAGUGCCUGAAGUAUCUAUUAAUCCUGACCCAAGCAGCUGCACAGAUAUAACACAUAAUGAUGUUCCAAGCAAUCAGUCUGCUGUUCCUUGUCCAAUAAAGGAUUCCCUAGACAGUCUCACCUCUGCUGUUAAGUCCUUAAAAGGAAGAUGA